AUGGCUCGUGUACCGCAAGAGCCACUCCCAUACCAGGAUCCUGCUAUAACUCCUUACUAUCCAUCAACAAACAACGGUCUUCCAAGUGAACUCAUCCCUCAAUGCAUCGCUCACUUAUCGAAGAUGGACGGGAUCGUAGCGACGGCGAAGAAAGAGGUGUUCAGGCUCCAGGCAGAGCUGGAUGAGGCUCGUCGACAACUCCAGCAUGCACUGGACGAACAAGCAUCUUGCGACUCCCUCCUCGCACCGAUUCGACGCGUCCCAAGCGAACUCCUAUCCUCGAUAUUCAUGAUCGUUCUUGACUGUCCACGACUGUUAUCAACCAGGGACGUAAUACAGAUACAGUACCUUCAGUUGGUUUGCCGUAAGUGGCACGACGCGGUGAAUUCGACGCAUGAGCUUUGGGCCGGCUUGGAGUUCGACGUGGAGAGUCCACGCCGCGCAUUCAUGACACCGGAGGAGAAGAGAGCUCUUCUCGAAAGGUGGUUCGAGCGGGCGGGGGGUUGUGGGAUUAGUCUCAAGCUCGGAGGAAUGCAUCGGCUGGGGAUGACUGGAGUGCAAGAAACGAUGGACGAAGAACUCACUCUCCGGGGACUGCUGCUUCGACCAGGGCGCCGGUGGAAGUCUCUCUCGUUCAUCUAUCCCCGGUCUUCUUGGAUCAAGGUUCUUCUUUCUGCACUGGAGAAGGAAGCAACAUAUUCCCACUGCUCGUGGAGGGAACUGGAAGAACUCGACAUCCAAUUCCGGCCUAGCCAAGACGCCCGCAGCGAAGAGAUAAUCCAGCUUUCCCGCCUCAAAAACCUCAAACGACUCACCCUCUCUUGGAUGUCGCACCCCUUCGUCGCUCAUGCCACCCUCCAACGUCUCCACCUUAAAGGCUUCCGCCUAGACCACGGCGCACUCGUCCACAUUCUCGCCCUGCUCCCCUCCCUCCAAGAACUCGAAUUGACCUCUCCUCAAUACACUACUCGCCACCUUCCCCCGUGGCGCCCUGCUGACGAGGCCAACCUGGCCAAAGUGUCCGUUUCCAAGUUUUGCCUGAGCAAUACCAACCGACCCCUGGAACUUUUCCAACCAAAUUUUCGACUUCCCCGAAUGCAAAGCUGCCGGUUCGUCACCGUCAGCCCCAUGCUUUGGGACCGCGGUAUCCUCUCCGGUUUCUUCAAUCGCAGCCCGGACUUACAAGAAAUCGAUUUCACGGAGUCGAUGGUCCCUUCAGAUAUGAUCGCGGAGACGUUAUCAGCUACGACAACUUCGGUUAAACGUAUUUUGGUGGACGACUUUGUGUUUAUUGCUCAGAUGAGACCACCGCCAAGGUCGAAGUUGAAUGGGUUGGAAGUGUUGGUGGCUAAGCGUCCUCCUUCGGAGAAGGUGCUGCGGUGCAUGGUCGACUUCUUCCAACUGAGGAAGGAGGCUAUGGGUAGGGGUGAGAUAGUUGGUGGGGUGGUUGGGUUGCAUGUGGCGCAGGGGUGGCCAAAGUUUAUGACGACUCGCCGUGACUGGGUGAAGCGACUGGAGGAAGUUGGGGCUAGGAUGGUUCUCACUCCGUAUGAUGGGUAA